GUGACCGCGGAUAGGAUAAAUUUGACCUUGUCCAGAGGACAAACUAGGGUUGAGUAAAAAAAACGAGUUUCCCUUCGGAAGUUUAGUAGAUGGGUGUUAUUGACAAUUUAUCAGCCAACAAGAAGACACCUUUAGUUAUCUGAUGCCGACUAAACAAUAUGUCCGUUUACAGCCUUUCUACCGUUGAAUGUCAUCCAUUGUAAUUACCAGGCGUUAAAAUGUCAAGUGUAAACCUACAUAGUGAUUUAUUCCUGCAUUAUUAUAAAGCGUGGGGUGGAGUUGAAGAUUAUGAAUCAGAGAACUUAGGGAUACCAGAUUUUUUUCAACGUGUACCACAAGAUAAUGAGAUUUUACCUGCGAAAUUACGGGAGGAUGCUAGGUCUGCUUUGUUGGAGAGAAAAAGUUUGAGAUUGUUGUCUAAUGUUGAACUUCAAGAGUUUUGGUAUCUUUUGGAACGCUAUCAUUCACCUCCUACAGUUAAUGGUGAAAAAUUCAUGGACUAUGAGAAUUUUCGCAAGGCAUCUAAAGAAGCAUCUCCCAAGGCAAAGCAAUAUUUCACAGCAGCUACAUUUGUAAAAUUACUUCGUGAAGAUGAAGUUUUGUCACGUAUUAAUAUCUUGACAUUUUUCAAUUAUGUCAUGAAGAAAGUAUGGUUGCAACAAACCCAUGUUGGGAUAUCUCUUUAUGAUGUGUGCGGUGAAGGUUAUUUGAGAGAAACAGAUUUGGAAAACUAUAUGUUGGAACUUAUCCCUACUUUGUGUCAGCUAUCAGAGUUGGAGCCAACGUUCCAAACAUUCUAUGUAUGCACGGCUGUACGAAAGUUCUUCUUUUUCCUUGAUCCUUUACGUUCGGGUCGUGUGCGUAUCACCGACAUUUUAGCUAGUGGAUUUCUAGACUCUAUGCUUGAAUUACGUGAAGUAUCUACAUCAGAGGCACAAUUAGCCGCUAAUUGGUUUAGUCAUCAAUCAGCUGUACGUGUUUACGGUAGCUAUUUGCUCUUAGAUGAAGAUCGAAAUGGCUUGUUAACACGCAGUGAAUUAUCACGAUUUGGAAAUGGUACAUUGACCGAAGUAUUUCUCGAUCGUGUAUUUCAAGAAUGUUUAACUUAUGAAGGUGAAAUGGACUACAAAACUUAUUUAGACUUGGUUUUGGCUAUGGAAAAUAAACAUGAGCCGCAAGCAAUUGCUUAUCUUUUUCGUAUUCUUGAUGUUGGUGGUCAAGGUAAACUGACUUCACUAACAUUACGUUAUUUCUAUGAUGGAAUCGAAGACAAACUACGUGCUUCAGAUAAUGACAUACCAAGUUUUGAGAAUGUAUUAAAUGAAAUCUUUGAUAUGGUACGACCAGCGAAUCCCCAUUACAUCACUUUAGAUGACCUUAUCAAUUGUGGUAAGGGCGACACCGUAAUAAACAUAUUGAUUGAUCUCCAAGGUUUUUGGGCCCAUGAAAAUCGUGAAGCUUUUACUUCCGAAAUACCAGAUGAAGCAGAAUUGUAAAUCGGAUUUUGUUUAUUCACUGAUAUCCAGCAUUGUGAUCAAUGUUAAUUUGCUCAGUGCAUUGUUACUGAAAAAAAACAUUGAUGAACUUAUAUACUUGUUAGAUAAUUGAACACUUCUAAACUCUCGUAACGUGCCUAUACUUAAAAAUAAACAGGACGUUUGCGAAGUAUAAAGGUAGUUCUCUGUUUCUCACUCACUAUUUUCCGUUUUUACAAAGCAAUUGAUAUCAAAAUUUUAUACAUGCAACUUCAUUUCCAUGCUUUAGUUAAACACUAUGUCACAUUCUGUUAAUUUGUUUAUGAAACUAUGCUGUAUGAUUGCUGAAUCAACGUUCUAAUGUUCCACUGUGAAUGUACCUAGUCAGAUUAGUUUUCACGUAGUUUUCGAUUGGUGUUUUUCUGGUGUGCCUCUCAACACAUAUAACGCACUAAAUGAGGAAGUUAGAGUAACCUUUGUGUCGAUGAAGACUUGUUCUUGUUGCUGUUGUUGACUAUUCCCAUCAUUUUCUAGUCGGUCUACGCAAUUUGGUUGCGUUAAUUUAAACUUCAUUGUUUUAAUUUAAAAUCUGAUUGUAAGCAAUCAAUCUUUUAGAUGACUUUUUACAGAGUACUUCCAUUGGUGAUAUGUCAUUCUGUUUUAAAAC